UACAUUCUUGAAAGAUGAAAAAAUAUAUAAAUUAUAGAAGUAAAGUUUCAAAUAUACCAAUGAUGGAAUUAAACCAUGCUCUUAAAAUAUGCUGAAAUAUGCAAUUGUGACCUGUUCUGGUAAAUUUAAGAAUGCUUUUUAACAUUUGCAGUGUACGUGAGGAAAACUCUGAAAUAGAGAUAACAGCAAUUAUUAUGUUGUAAGUCAGAACUUGACAUAUCAGAUUAGCAGCUUCUUCAAGAUCAAGAUCGAUUAUAUGGAGGAUUUUUGUAAAUACCAAAUUACUAUAAAAGACCCAGUAAUACUCUCAUUGACUAAGUCAUUAUUUUAUGACCAUGGGUACAGAUGUUCCAUCAGACUUAAAGCUCCCCGAGAUCACGUGGUAUCAAUACAGUUUACUAGAUUUGAUGUCGGUCAUCCCCAUAUGGUAUACUGUGACGACAGUUUACAUGUAUUUGAUGGUGAGGACGAAGAUGCAGACGAAAUAACUGCAUCAAAAGGUCUUUGCGGUGUAACUAUUCCUCGACCACUUGUAUCUUCAGGACGAGACGUCAUAAUAAAGUUUAAAAGUCGGUAUAUGAGUAUUGGUACUGGAUUCCAAGCAGUAGUAACUCCUAUGCAAGCUGAUGAGAUAAUCAGAUGUGACAAAUCAUUAUUCCAAUGUGGAGAUGGUUACUGUAUUAACAAGACGUAUGUGUGUGAUGGGUACUAUAACUGUAUGAAUGAAAAAGAUGAAUCAGCAAAGUUUGCUCAUUGUCCAGGCGUUACAGCGGUAUGGACUGAUUUCUCUCGGUUAAUGAAGAUUUCCUUUGGAGUUUUAUUAGCACUGAGUGUACUGUCGAUUGCUGGUCUGGCAAUAUUUUUUACUAACCGAAAAGAACAAAAACGAUACAAAGUGGAUCACAAGAAUUAACUUCAAUAUGAAUUAUAGUAUUUCCUGUAUGUCAGUUUUAUUUUGAUUUACUGUACGAAUAAACUGACAAAACAAGAAUGUAUUAUUGUUUAACGUCACGGGAAUAUCAGUUAUCCUUAUCGAUUAAAUACAGAAUUUUGCAAAAGAUUCGGCGUCGUAUUUCUCUUUUUUUUAGGUUUGUCUUCAAUGUUAUUUUAACUUCACUAGCCCUUUUAUGAAUAUAAACCGCCUCGGUUUUCUCGUAGUAGCGUGCUCGGUCGGAGCUUUGAGACAUUUUCGUGGACUCGAUUCCCGGUCAGGUCAAAGAUAAGACCUGAACAAUUGUAAAUGCUGCUUCUCCGCUAAGCAUCUGGAAAUUUGGUCGCAUACCGCAAGAUUUAUAAAACAAAUGUAGACGAGAAUCGCGAAAUAAUUUCUAACAUAGUAGGAACAAGAGAAGUAAGGACAUUGCACUAGAGAAUUUGAUCAAUAAUUGGUGAAAAAAAAUGUUUGCUUUAUUGCAAAUGAUAGGAAUGCACUUAAUGACUUUUGUGAAGUAACGUUAUCAACAAAUGCGGAAGUAGUCACAGGAGAAAAUCAAAUUGUUGAUAAACUUCUUGUUGACGAAGUUUUUCUGUUUCUGUUUCUGUUUGUAUAAAAAUCGUUAAAUAUUUGACUUAAAGGAAUAUUACAGAAACUUGUGAUAUAACUCGCAUCAGGAUUAGCAUUUCAGUGCACAAAAGUAUUUCAUAACUGACUAAUUCAUAACAUGUACGUUCUGAUCAUGACUAUAAAGCAUGGGUUAAUGCAGUUGCUAAAUCCUAUUAUAACAACUGCAUGAGAGUAAAUAGAAAUAAUCUCAAAGCUUAUAUAUGACAUUUGGAGCGCACACAGGACAUGUUACGUUUGAACAUAGGUUUCAGUAGUAGCAUUUACAAGAAAUUUACAUACUUUCCUCAUUGAUUUGGUCGGACUUAACUGAACUAAUCAAACUAGAAUUGACUUUUUUGCACUUCUCACAUAACUACGUCAAUAAUCUUUGAUUACAGACUAGGGAAUAACAAAUAUUAUAUCAAAAGGCUGUUGCAUGAAUUAAUAUUGGUGAAUAUUGUUCCGAGUAGACUUUUAUAGUGCACACGCUUGUGAGCUUGCGAGUGCAAUGUGAUAUACUCAGAGGGAAAAUAUUUCUCAAUAUAAGUGCAAUCUUCUUUUUAUAAUAUAAAACCAAACUAUUUCAACAUCAUUGAUGAUGCUUCGUCCAAUUGUAAAGACAAAAUUUUUAUUAGAACCUAGUUGCGUGCAAAUAUCGAAAUAUCGUUUUAUUCGGAACCUCUCUAGUGCGUACAAACUUUCAACAGGAAGUAUAGAAUAAAAUGUAGGUCAAGAUACAAUAUUAUCACUCAUCCCCAAUUCUCUACUUUUUUGAGGAAAAAAAUAUUGUAGGGUCAUUCCUAGUUGGAUUUUAGUCAACUUGGUACCAAUAGAAGCAGAAUUGUCACAGCAAAAGGCCACAUAUGAACUCAUUAAAUACUUGCAGGUGUUUUGAGCGCCGAGAGCGUAGGACACAUACUACAUCAUCGGAUUACGUCCCAAUUCUGACUGGACAGCCAAACGAACUUCUCUCUGUAGUAUAAGUUUAACUGAUGGGUAGAAGUCCAGAUGACCAUAUUUCUGUACUCCUGUCAACCCUUGUCAUUUAUAAAAUUAAAUCAGUUGAAGGUACCGUUUGGUAAUGAUUCUUACCACUAAUAUCUAUUUCUAAAAGUAACAAUGGAUUAUUACAAAAGGAAGAGGGUGAUCAAGCAAUACUAUUGGACAAUAGUUUUGAAUAUUUUGUCAGUAAGCAAUGAGAAUUGGAUAUAGUUUACAAGAAUAUAAUCGAUAAUCUUUCAUUUACCGUUUUAGUCCAGAUAUUAUAAGUUAAUAUAAAGGAACGUUGACAUUGAAAUAUUGUCAACUCUGUUGAACAUAGAAAGUUUAACGAUUUUGCUAGUAAAUCUAACAUAUUCUUUUAAUUCAAAUAUUUAAGUAGAAGAUGUUCCUGCAGUUUGGAAGAAGCUGGAUCACCACAAACAAAAUUUAAAUAAUUUAGAAAAAAUUAAAGCAUUCUUCCCACACUUUCUCUAUUAUCAUUUAUUUUUUGUCUUGAUCCUUCCUUUUUGGUAACAAAAAAAAAAGAAGUUUUAAAACAUCAUACAUGAGGACAAAUUUUACUACCAUAGGGAACAUUAAAAACAAAUCUUAUCUUCUAAAGCAAUUAACAAUCUAGGGAGGAAAAUAAGUCACGUGGUGAAAUCAAUCUUUAAUAUUAUUUAUGAUAUUGGUGAAAGGAGAAAAGUCAUGACGAAAAGUAAUUAUGAGCCCUAUUUUGUACUGUGCAGCGGAUUCAUCAAAACAUACUGUGUCUUAUACAUGUACAACGAAUUCAUCAAAUCAUACUGUGUCUUGUACAUGUACAACGAAUUCGUGAAAUCAUACUAUGUCUUGUACGUGUACAACAGAUUCAUAAAAUCAUACUGCAACUAGUGCAUACACAGUUACACAGUGGAUUCUUUAAAAACACACUGUGUCUUGUACAUACAUUACGGAAUACCAAAAUAAUAAAAUCAUUCUGUGUCGCAGUCGACGUCUAAAGCGCUUUUCAAAAUUAACUUUCACCAGGAACGCUGAAAACCGAAUAUUUGAAAGCCAAGGAUGUAUAAGAACCAAAAUAUGUGAAGAGUAAUUUUAUCUAAAGGGACCUAAACAUUUAAGUCAACUUU